CCCGAUGACGACCCGCCCCCCUCCAACCCGGUACGUCGUGUUGCUCGGCGCCCGUGCGAGAGCAGACCGGGCCGCGAUUAUGGUGCGGGGACAGAGGGGCAGCACAGGCGCUCGGAUUUAGCACGGAGAGACGGUUUGACUUGAUGGCUCCGAAACCGGACCCUAGACCCAAAUUUCAGGAAGGUGAACGAGUCUUGUGUUUCCAUGGGCCAUUGCUUUAUGAGGCAAAGUGUGUAAAAGUUGCUAUAAAGGACAAACAAGUGAAGUACUUCAUACAUUAUAGUGGCUGGAAUAAAAAUUGGGAUGAAUGGGUUCCAGAGAGUCGAGUGCUGAAGUAUGUGGACACAAACCUGCAAAAGCAGAAGGAACUACAAAAGGCUAAUCAAGAGCAAUGGGCAGAGGGCAAGAUGAGGGGUGCUGCACCAGCCAAGAAGGCUUCCACCAUGCAACAGAAGAAUGUUGAAAUAAAAACAAAGAAGAAUAAACAGAAAGCCCCCACAGCUGGUGAUGGAAGUAGCACUAGUGAGACACCACAGCCACCCAGGAAGAAAAGGGCAAGAGUGGACCCCACAAUGGAAAGUGAGGAGACAUUUAUGAACAGAGUAGAAGUCAAGGUUAAGAUUCCAGAGGAGUUGAAACCAUGGCUCGUGGAUGAUUGGGACCUGAUCACACGACAAAAACAGCUGUUUCACUUGCCUGCAAAAAAGAAUGUAGACACAGUGCUGGAGGAGUAUGCCAACUACAAAAAGUCACGUGGGAACACUGACAAUAACAAGGAAUAUGCAGUUAAUGAAGUAGUUGCUGGGAUUAAGGAAUAUUUCAAUGUGAUGUUGGGAACACAACUACUGUACAAAUUUGAAAGGCCACAGUAUGCAGAAAUAUUGGCUGAUCAUCCUGAUGCACCCAUGUCACAGAUUUAUGGAGCACCGCAUCUCCUUCGACUGUUUGUGAGAAUUGGAGCAAUGUUGGCGUACACACCUUUGGAUGAGAAGAGUCUCGCCUUGCUGCUGAAUUACUUGCACGAUUUCUUAAAGUACUUGGUGAAGAAUGCUUCGAGUCUCUUUAGUCCAGGUGAUUAUGAAGUUGCACCACCUGAGUAUCAUCGCAAAGCUGUGUGACUUUGGUAAUUGAAGUGACUUUAUCCCCUGGCUAUUGUGGUAUAUUUUUUUUUGAAAUUUUGUUUUGCAUAUGUAACUUUUUUUUUGUACAGAUGAAUCAAUCAACAACACUGCCAGUUGUACAUGUAACAGCGAAGUUCCUGGUGCCAUCUUUAAACCUUUUUAGUGGACUUCAGCAUUAAUGCCUAUUCAUUCUCCCCCUGGAUUUCUGGUGGGGGAGUUGUCACUUUGGGUUAAAACAAAUGACUUGCUUCUUCUUCAAUCUUCCAGUUUUUAUUUUAAAGAGGAGCAUUCAAUCAAUAUAACUUUCUGCUCAUGAUUAUCUGUAGUUAGCAAGUUUCAACAUUUUGAUGUUUUGGAUGCUUUUACCCAAGACUGGACUGGGAUUGGACUAGUUUUGAACACUAGUUCCUGGAUAACCAAAAACUUCUGUGACAUUUUUCAGCUCUUGAUGAUUUAAGAAGCUGGGUUUCAAUGUAUUGAUGCUGCAUGUCUGGAGUUUUAUCCUGCUUGUGAAAGAAAUUCAUGUCAAUGGUUUAGUUCGUAAUGGCUCACAACUGUGUGCUUAAUACUGAUGAUGAAACAACAGUUCCGUUUCCCAACUCACUUCAUCCCUAAGGAAGAAGAAAAUUGCUGUCAUUGAGUUUUGAAGAACAAGGCAAUUUAUUCCUUCUGACAAUUUGAGAGAUCCAAUAUUAUUUUAUCUCUUCUUUCUUCCUACUCUCCUGAAGGUGCUGCCUCACAAUGGGAGGUAAAUUUAACAGAUUUGAGUGGCCUUUUUAUAAUAAUUUUCUGUUUAACCAUUGUUCCUGUGCGAACUCUAUCGUGUGCACACUAUGAAGUUUGGAACCAAUAACCAACGAGCAAGUGGCAAUCCUGGUUGAGAGGGUGCUGCUGUGCCUGUGUGGGUUGAGACCAGUUAGCUCAGGCCCAGAAUCGUUUUAGUCUGUGCGGAUAAGUAUCAAACCAGGGGAAGGGUGAUCAAUUGUGUCUUCAAGCCCUGUAUCGAACUACAUGUCAUUGAAACUUUUGCUGGUUAAUCAGAGCUCACUUUACAGAAAUUUAUUCACUGCGCCAUGGCGACACUGACUACUACUUGAUCUUCAUGCCAUCCUGCACAGAGGACUGCAGUGAUUCACAAAAGCAUGAAAAAUCUCUGAAUGGCAGUGGAGGGGUAUCCCAACAGUUAUUCUAAGGUGCAGCUCUGUUCCUGCACCAAUCAUGCAUGGAAAAACCUUUAUGGCCAAUGUUGAUUGUGAAAUCGCCAGGAAGGAAGACCUGGAUGGUUCAGCUGGACUCACAUUCUAUCAACCCUGGUUUAAUUUGGUUCUGCCACAGCAAAUGGGCUGUUAGUUUGCUGCACAUUCCAAAAUAAAUGUCUUUUGUAGGUCAGUCUUGCAAACGGAGAGAGCUAUGUAAAAUAAAGAUUAUUUUCUAAGA